UGUAAAGGCCAUCAGCAUAAUAGUAAAGGUCAGUGUAGGUCAGCCGCCAUUUUAGGUCUGACACUGGUCUAGACGGAGUGUGCUCUUCUCCACGAGGUUAACUAUAGAAUACAGACAACCAACCAUGGGUCUCUUGUACCUGUUUGGAAUAAUGGUUCUAGGAGCUGGAGUGAACGGUCAAGGGGGCCUGUCCAAUCUCGUGGUGUUGGACGUGGACUUGGAUUACAUCAAAAUCGGUUGGACCGUCUCUCCCGGGUUCAACGUGUCCAGCUACCGCGUACGCUACACCCCAUGGCGGGAUGGCUCUUACCGGGACCUGUCUCCCGCCCCGGGUGCAAACGACAACACCACCACCAUCACCGGACUCCACGCCAACGAGACCUACACAAUCACUGUGACGUCAUUUGGAGCCGAUGGCGAGAUAACGUCUCAAGUCAGCAUAGAAGAAGUCACAAAUUAUUGGGAGGUGUGGGUGUCCUGCGACCAGACGCACAUGGAAAUCUCGCUCCCAUUGAAGGGUCUCUCAGGCGUCAACGCGGCAGGGCUGCAUCUACUUAACUCCAGUUGCCUGGCAACGGUCGAUGCCAACUACGCCACCUUGCGGACAGGUCUGCAGGAGUGCGGGACGAUACAAGAGAACUAUGGAAACGACAAGUUCAGGUUCAGGAACAGUGCCCUGGCGAAACCUGAGCUGGACGAGAACGGGGCGCAGCGAUACCAGCCUUUCGCACGGCCUUUUUACUGCGAGUUCGUCCGCCUCUACGUCAAAUCACUCGAACAGAACGUACUAUACACCAUUCCAGACUCAAGUUUGCAGUUUGAGAUAGAGCACGGCAACAACACGUUUAUCUUUGACAUGCACCUCUACACGUCCUCGGACUUCAUCCACAAGUAUGACACUGAGGACUAUCCCAUACAGUUCCUGCCGACCGAUGACAUGCACGUGGGGUUAGCAGUGCAGACGACUCUGACAAAUCUGGAGCUGUUUGUCCAGGACUGCUUCGCCACGCCUACGUCAGACAAGAACGACCUGACGAGACUAAACGUCAUCGAUAAUGGGUGCGACAAAGACACAACACUAGUGACGCAGAGUGAUGGAUCUGAUCCGCUGGUGCACCAGUUCUCUGUCCAGGCUUUCACCUUUCCGAACUCAACGGAUAACGUGCUGUACCUCCACUGUACCAUGGUGGUGUGUAUGGCUGACGACGCUGGGUCCCGCUGCGCGCAGGGGUGUGUGGAGGAGCGCAGGCGCAGAGACGUGUCGGACCAUGACCGGGCCGUGCGACUCGAGAAGAAGGGAGGAGAGUUUCAGGACAGGGUGGUGUCCAUCAGCCAGGGACCGAUCGUACUCCUGCGGGCGAGCCCAUCAGAACAAGCGGAGACGGAUACCCCUCCCAUACAGCUCACCGUGGGUGUUGUACUCGGAGCUGCGGCUGUGGUCCUCAUUGCUCUGCUUGUCUUCGCUCUAUGGUACAGACGGGGCAAGACUGGGACUCUAAAAACAAACGUUCGUAUUACCGGCAACAACGACCACGCCCACCAGAUGGAAAGGAACUGGAAAUGCCACGUACAGACUGCUACGGUAGAGAUAUGACGUCACAACGUUGUGGAUAGCUCCAAAAUGGCGGAAGACGAUGGGCUCUAAUCUCCGGAAAGUCGGCCUCUUGUAGUUAACGUCUUGCCGACCGCUCCUAAUUUAUGAGAUGCUGUUUUGACAUAAUAUUAAAAAAAGGAAAAAGUAUAAAAAUAAUUUCAAAAUAAACAAAAAA